AUGUAUGAAGGAAAGAAAGAUAAAAAGGACUAUUCAUUAGGCUUACAUGGUGCUUGCAUGAAUGGCAAUGUUGGCUUAGUAAAGUUUGCUCUUGACCAUGGAGCACCUAUUGACUCCGUUGUGAAUGGAUAUAUGCCACUCCAAUUAGCUUGUAUCAGUGAUAACCAUGUCGCUGUUGUCCAAUAUUUAAUCGAUAGAGGAGCUGAUGUCAACGCACAAAAGUGGUCAAAGAAACACAGCGCUGAUAAGUCUCAAGCAGUAGCUGGAGCUACAGGUUCAACCGCUUUACAUGUCGCUUGUGCUAAUGGUUGUACGAAAAUCGUAGAUUUGCUUCUAAGAAACGGUGCCAAAAUUGAUGUAAAGGACAAAUAUGGGUCAAGACCAAUAGAUGUUGCAGCAGCCAAGAAUCACGUGGAAAUAGUCAAAUUACUAGAAACUUUUGGAGCCAUGCAGGCCAUGAUGCAAGGGAUACAAGAGGCAAACAACAAGAUCAAUAAUAGAAAACCAGAAUUACCCGGACGUCAUUCAAUAGAUAAUGCAUACAUGUCAAGAGCAGAAAGGCUACGUAGACCUAGUUUGCCUUCUGUUUUUGAAUCGCAAAAAUUGGAUAUACCAGACAUCUCAACUUUACCACCACCAAGACACAGCAUCAACACAAGUAGACCGACAGCAGAGGAACUGCAGCGUGCAGGAGAUUGGUACAGUUACGGUGUUGUCAAUCACUAUGACGACGAAAAUUACCUUCAGUCACUAGAGAGACGAACUUAUGGAAUCAACGGUGAGGGCAACCGAAGUUCACUAGAUACCGUCAGACCCAGUCUUGAUAAUGUGCCUUCACUGAUACGAUGCAGUUCUGAUGGUUUACGUACAACUGCCUUAAAGAAUGCAAUGGCAGCAAACAAUGUACAGGAUGAAGAUGCGGAUGAGGCUGAACCUCGUCCGUCAUUUUACGAGGAACAAAGGCCUGAGAUUACACCACCUAGGAAAAAAAGUUGGUGGAGUGGCAGUGACAAUAGUGUGCGUAAAUCAAUGGAUGAAGGUAACCAUAGGACCAGUCUUGAUUUUAGACCUAGUCUCGAUGGAUUGUCACAGUUAGCCAAAAGAAGUAUGGAAGGAUUAUCACGCAAGAGUGUUGACGUGGAUGAUCAUGUAUAUAUAGAUCGAAAGAAUACAAGAACCGGCUUUCUUUCCAAAUGGUGGUCUCCAACAAAUAGCAACAGGAAGUAA